GGCACCAUGCUCUUCCUCACGGCCGGGAAAUCCGAGCCCGGCGCGGAGCCCACGUGGGCUCGGCUGUGCAAGGGUUAAACGCAGCUGCUCGUCCGGGUCUCGGGGGCCUCCCACUCGGCAGGCAGGGUAUGAAUAGCUGCUCUCCCCUCUGCUCGCCGGCACUCUCUGCUUCCCUCCCCGCCUUCCCCUCCUCAUCCUCCCACGAUGGCCAUGCUGAGCGCGGAGAGUUUGGCGGCGCCCAGAGCCCUGGGAGAGGAAUCGCUGCAGAUGUGGGACCUCAACAAGCGCCUGGAGGCCUACCUGGCCCGCGUGAAGUUCCUGGAGGAGGAGAACGAGCUGCUGCGAGCCGAAAUCCAGAGCAGCAAGAGCGGCCGGGCGGGGGAAUCGUGGAGGGCCAAGUACGAGGAGGAGCUGCGAGCGCUGCGGGAUGCGCUGGAUGUCGCCUUCAGGGACAAAUGCACGGCCGAGCUGGCCAGGGACAACCUCUACGAGGAGGUGCAGCAGGUGAGGAGCAGGUGCCAGAAGGAGCAGGCAGCCCGAGAAGCAGCCAAGAAGGAGCUGUCCUUGAGCAGGAAGGAGCUGGAGGAGGAGAGGAGAGCGCAGAUCUGGCUCAAGGAGAGAGCGGCGCAGCUGGAGAAGGAGGUGCAAGCCCUGCUGGAGGUGCACGAGGAGGAGAAAGCGGGGCUGGACCAGGAGAUCGCCACCUUCUCGCACAGCCUGGAGAGUUUCCGCUGUGCCCCCGUGGCCCUGCAGCCCGUGGAGGUGGAGGAUUACUCCAAGAGGCUCUCGGAGAUCUGGAAAGGGGCGGUGGAGACCUACAAGGCAGAAGUGGCUCAGCUGGAAGGUUCCCUGUGCCAGGCCAAGGAGAACCUGUGGAAGGCGGUGGAGGACAACCAGCAGAGCCAGCUGCAGCUGCAGCACCUGGAGAAGGACCUGGCGGGGCUCAAAGCUCGCAAGGAGAUGCUGGAGGAGAGCCUGGCCCGGCAGUGGCAGGAGCAGCGCGGGGAGGCGGAAAAGUUCCAGCUGGCCAUGGAGGCCCUGGAGCAGGAGCAGCAGAGCCUGCGGGCGCAGAUCGCGCGGGUGCUGGAGGACAGGCAGCAGCUGAUGCACCUCAAGAUGUCCCUGAGCCUGGAAGUGGCGACCUACAGGACCCUGCUGGAAGCCGAGAGCAGCCGCCUGCAGGUGCCCGCCGGGGAAUUCAGGGUGACAAACGGGCUGAGAGAUCUCAAACUGGAGCUGAGCAGCAGCAAAGCAUCGCCAGCGAGCCCCGAGGCCAGGCGGGUGCUGCCCUGCACCCCCUUGCCCAGGGUGACCAAACACCCCCAAAGUGCCACCCUGACACCCCAAAGCACCAGGGAGCUCCAGAAAAUCACCCCAGCCCUCCGUGGCAGUGCCGCCAGCAGGGUUAGGGGGCUGGGGGCUCUCCCACCCAGCCCGCCCCAGGCAGGCAGAGCCUCCCUCGCCCUCUCCCCCGAGCAGGAGAGCUGUGGGGUGGAAGGCCCAGCCUGGCCAGGAGGAGAUGAGGCAGCAAUGAGCCCAGGGAUGGAGUGUGCCCUGCCCAGAGCCUCUGGGGACAGUGGCAGUGCCAGCCUGCAGCCCCUGGGAGAUGCCCACAGGCUGCAGUACCCGGCCCAGCUGGUCAGCGAGGCGCUGGAGGACGCCCUCAAGGAGAUGGGAGAUGAUGCUCAGCCCCAAGAGGAGCCCACGCCCAGCUCCACGUGGGAUGUCUGUGCUCCCAGCCCCGUUUUCCCCACCAAGGCUGUGCCAGAGGGGCCUGGGGAAGGGCAGGAGGGAUGUGAGGAUGAGGAGAAGGUUGGGGAGGUGAUGCUCCAGGGGCUGGCGAAGGAGAGCAGCACCCUGCAGGACACAGCUCCAUCCCCACCAAGCGUGGACCCUCCCUUGGGGAGCCAGGAAGAUCUGGGAGCAUGGGAGGAAGAGGAAGAGGAGGAAGAGGAGGAAGAGGUCCCUGCUGUGCUGAGCCCAAGGGAUGCAGAAAUGGAGGCCCAGGAAGGGGAUGAGGAUCUGCCUGGGCAGCCAGAGAGCAGCUGGGAAAAGCCAGAGGAGCAAAGGACACAAACCCCCAGCACGGAGCCUUCACACCCCUCCGAGGAUGAGGAGGAGGAGCAGGGAGAUGUCCAGCAGGAAGGAACAGAUGGGCAAGAGGAGAAAUGUCCCCACAGAGAAGUGGAGAAAUGUCCCCACAGAGAAGUGGAGAAAUGUCCCCACAGAGAAGUGGAAGCUGCUGGUGCUGUCCUCGUGCAAAGCCACCAGGCUCUGCCCACAGAAGGUCACCUGGAGCAGGACUUUGCUGAUGCGGGGCAGGAAAGGGCUGAGCAGCACAAAAUGCCCAGGUGUGAGGUGGACCUGGCUGCAGAGCAGGGAAGGGAGCAGGAGCUGUGCCCAGAGCAGGAGCCCUCAGGUGCCCCUGAGGCCAUCCCAGCAGAGGAACCUCCCACGGGAGCUGGAGGAGAUGCUGGGGCAGGGGAGGGGGAGAAGGGAGAGGCCAGCAGGGAGGUGCUGGGAGAGGAGGAUCACGGGGUGGGACAGGACCCCAUGGCAGGAGAAGACCUUGGGGCAGGAGAAGGCUCUGAGGCAGGAGAAGAUCUUGGGGCAGGAGACCAUGAGGCAGGAGAAGAUCUUGGGGCAGAAUAUCUUGGGGCAGGAGAAGACUCUGGGGCAGGAGAAGUUAUUGGGGCAGAAGAUCUUGGGGCAGGAGAAGGCUCCAAGAUAGGAGAAGAUCUUGGGGCAGGAGACCAUGAGGCAGCAGAAGAUCUUGGGGCAGAAUUUCUUGGGGCAGGAGAAGAUCUUGGGGAAGGAGAAGGUUCCAAGUUAGGAGAAGACCAUGGGGCAGGAGACCAUGAGGCAGGAGAAGAUCUUGAGGCAGAAUAUCUUGGGGCAGGAGAAGACUCUGGGACAGGAGAAGAUUUUGGGGCAGGAGAAGUUCUUGGGGCAGAAGAUCUUGGGGCAGGAGAAGGCUCCAGGUUAGGAGAAUGCUCUGAGGCAGGAGAAGAUCUUGGGGCAGAAUUUCUUGGGGCAGGAGAAGAUCUUGGGGCAGGAGAAGGCUCCAAGAUAGGAGAAGACCAUGGGGCAGGAGAAGACCAUGGGGCAGGAGACCAUGAGGCAGGAGAAGAUCUUGGGGCAGAAUUUCUUGGGGCAGGAGAAGAUCUUGGGGCAGAAUUUCUUGGGGCAGGAGAAGAUCUUGGGGAAGGAGAAGGUUCCAAGUUAGGAGAAGACCGUGGGGCAGGAGAAGACCAUGGGGCAGGAGAAGACCAUGGGGCAGGAGAGGCAGGUGAGACCCUGGAGGGGGACAGCAGAGCCCCUGAGGAGCUGCAGGAAGGAGAGGAGGAGGAACAGGAGGGGCUGGAGCCAGCAGAGGAGCCCUGGGCACAGGAGGGUGACCAUGGCAGUGCCCAAGAGCCCUGGGAGGUGACAGCAGGGGACACGGAGGGACCAGGACAGCCAGCCUGGGCGGGUGCCACGCUGGAAAGGGAGCAGAGAGGUGGCACAGGGCCAGCAGAGCUGGAGGAGGCCCAGGAGGAUGACGAAGGAGAUGCCAGGAGGCAGGAGAUGAGGCAGCAGCAGGCGCUGGCACAGGCUGAGCUGGCACAGCUGGGCAGCGUGGCACAGCCUGUGCCAACCUCUCCUGGUGCCCCUGGGCACAGCCAGGAGCUGGCAGAGGCUCCAGGGGAGCUGGGGCAGGUGCCAGGUGCCAGCACUGAGUGGGCAUUAGAGGAGACCCCCGGAGACACGGAGCUGGCAGAGCUGGAGAGCUCAGAGCUGGUGGCACCUGGGCAGGUGCCAGGUGAGAACAGCGAGUGGGCAUUGGAGGAAGCCACCAGAGAUCCAGAGCUGGUGGCACUGGGGCAAGUGCCAGGUGCCAGUGCUGAGUGGGCACUGGAGGAGACCCCCAGAGACACAGAACCCACACAACUGGAGAGCUCAGAGCUGGUGGCACCUGGGCAGGUGCCAGGUGAGUGGGCAUUGGAGGAAACCCCCAGAGACACAGAACCCACUGAGCUGGGGGAACUGGAGAGCUCAGAGCUGGUGGCACGGGGGCAGGUGCCAGGUGAGAACAAUGAGUGGGCACUGGAGGAGACCCCCAGAGACACAGAACCCCCAGAAUUGGAGAGCUCAGGGCUGGUGGCACCGGGGCAGGUGCCAGGUGAGUGGGCACUGGAGGAGACCCCAAGGAGCCCAGAGCUGGCAGUGGGCACGGGCAGGAGGGUGGAGCUGGAGGACACCCUGCCCGACAGCACCCCCCUGCACCUCUACCAGCAGGAGAUGCCGAUGGGCACACCCAGCCCGGACCCUCCAGAGGGCAAGGACACCACGGGCACAGCUCCUGUGUGUGCCACAGCCCAGCAGGGCCAAGGGAGGCACCGGCCACCAGCUGCCAGCGCGCCAGAGGAGGAGGAAGAGGAGGGUGAUGAAGAGGAAGGCUAUUUCAUGGUCUCUGCUCCCGGCCAAGAGGUGUCCAGCUCAGAGGAAGCCGAGAUCCCGGAGGACUUUGAAGAAAUUCAAGUGGACGCAGCUGAAGGCGGCCAAGAUGCUCUGGAGCACCUGGAGGUGCUGGCUGCAGGGGCAGAUGAGGGUAUGGAGGUGCCCACUGAGGAACCUGAGGUGCCCGAGGAUGAGGAGGGCACUGCUGAGCUGGAGGAAGGCCCAGAAGAAGAUCCAAACUGCCUUGGGGUGGUGGGACCAUCAUCAGGAGGUUCUGGUGAGCCAGCCCAGGGUGCCACAGCGUGGCAGGGACCAGAGCACCCAGAAGAUCCAGAUGAGGAGCUCCACAGCACAGCUGAGCUGGAGGAAGGCCCAGAAGAAGACCCCAGUUCUGUGGGGGUGGUGGGACCAUCAUCAGAAGGUUCUGAUGAGCCAGCCCAGGGUGCCACAGCAUGGCAAGGACCAGAGAACCCAGAAGAUCCACAUGAGGAGCUCCACAGCACAGCUGAGCUAGAGGAAGGCCCAGAAGAAGAUCCAAACUGCCUUGGGGUGGUGAGACCAUCAUCAGGAAGUUCUGGUGAGCCAACCCAGGGUGCCACAGGCUCUGCAGAAGAGCACCCAGAAGAUCCACAUGAGGAGCUCCACAGCACAGCUGAGCUGGAGGAAGGCCCAGAAGAAGACCCCAGCUCUGUGGGGAUGGUGGAACCAUCAUCAGGAGGUUCUGGUGAGCCAACCCAGGGUGCCACAGGCUCUGCAGAAGGGCACCCAGAAGAUCUGGCUGCUGAUCUAGAUGAUGGUAUGGAGGUGCCCACUGAGGAACCUGAGGUGCCCGAGGAUGAGGAGGGCACUGCUGAGCUGGAGGAAGGCCCAGAAGAAGACCCCAGCUGCUUUGGGGUGGUGGGACCAUCAUCAGGAGGUUCUGGUGAGCCAACAGCGUGGCAGGCACCAGAGCACCCAGAAGAUCCACAUGAGGAGCUCCACAGCGCAGCUGAGCUGGAAGGGGAUGCCAGGACCCCGGGGCUGGCAGGGCAGGAGCAGGAGGAAGAUGAGGAUGAGGAUGAGCCCAGCACGGCUCCCCACGACCCGAGCAAGGCCAGAGCAGAGCUCCAGGCCCAGGCAGGGCCUGGUGGAGCAGAGCAGCCCCUGGAGGAGCAGCCGGGCACGGAGGAGGAGGGAGCCCUGGGCAGCAGCGGGAGCCUGGGGCAGGGAGGUUCUCCAGAGGUGACCCCAGACAUCCCUGACACAGCCCAGCUGCCCGUGGACAUCGUGGAAGCCUCGGGGAUUCUGGAGAUCGUUGAGCAGGCGCUGGAGUUCAACCAGGAGCUGAUGGGGGAGAGGGUGGCAGAGGCUGGGCAGGAGGAAGACCCCGAGCUGUCCCGGCAUGAGGAGGAAGGCUCCUCCUUGUCCUCCUCCAGCGAGGAGGAGCCCACGGUGCAGGAGGCCCCGGAGGGCGAGCCCCGGGCUCACAACGGGCUGCCCAGCCCGGAGGAGCUGCCCGAGUUCACCGAGGAGCUGCUGAACGGCACCUCCAGCACGGCCCCGGCGCAGGAAACACCCUGGGAGCCCUCGGGGGUGGUGCCAGCGCAGAUAGCCAGCCCUGGGGAUGGCAGUGCCACCAAGCCUCAGGGGGAUGGCAGUGCCACCAAGCCUCAGGGGGAUGGCAGCCUCAGGGGGAAGCAGCUGAGCCCCGUGUCCCCUGUUCUGGGUGAGGGUGUCCUGAGCCUCGCAGCCCAGCAGCAGCCCUGCUCCUCAGGGGACGAGUGACAGAACCUUCUGGUGGCCCCUUCCUGCCAGGACCCCGUUGUUCCCCCUCAUCCCACCCCUUAUCCCCGUCUCCCCGUGGGUUUUUCACGUGUUUGUGUGGAAUUUUUGCGCCCCUUUUUCAGAGUGAAGAACCGCCAAGUUUCGUUGUCUCACAGCCCACCCAAAUUCUCACGUUUGCUCUGGGAUCCUUGCUCCGUUUUGAGUUUCCUCCUGGAUGGGUUGCCUGCAGGAACCCACCUGCUAUUUAAUUUAAACUCAGUGUUUCCCCAUUCCCUGCAGGAUUCCCUCUCCAAUUCCUCCAGGACGUCCAGCUGGAGCUUAGGGACUCCCCCAAACUGCACCCUGGCGCUCAGCAUUUUGGGCUACAUCACCCCAGGCUCACCCUGGGUUUUUCACGUGUUUGUGUGGAAUUUUUGCGCCCCUUUUUCAGAGUGAAGAACCACCGAGUUUCGUUGUCUCACAGCCCACCCAAAUUCUCACGUUUGCUCUGGGAUCCUUGCUUCGUUUUGAGUUUCCUCCUGGAUGGGUUGCCUGCAGGAACCCACCUGCUAUUUAAUUUAAACUCAGUGUUUCCCCAUUCCCUGCAGGAUUCCCUCUCCAAUUCCUCCAGGAUGUCCAGCUGGACCUUAGGGAUACCCCUAAACUGCACCCUGGCGCUCUCAGCAUUUUGGGCUACAUCACCCCAGGCUGACCCUGGGUUUUUAACAUGUUUGUGUGGAUUUUUUGCACCCUUUUUCAGAGUGAAGAGCCACCAAGUUCUGUUGCACCCUCACGGCCCACCCAAAUUCUCACGUUUGCUCUGGGAUCCUUGCUUCGUUUUGAGUUUCCUUCUGGGUGGGUUGCUCUGCUGUAUUUAAUUUAAACUCGGUGUUUCCCCAUUCCCUGCAACUUUCCCUCUCCAAUUCCUCCAGGAUGUCCAGCUGGACCUUAGGGUCCCCCCCAAACUGCACCCUGGCACUCAGCAUUUUGGGCUACAUCACCCCAGGCUCACCCUGGGUUUUUUACAUGUUUGUGUGGAAUUUUUGCCUUUUCACCCUUUUUCAGAGUGAAGAACCACCAAGUUCUGUUGCACCCUCACGGCCCACCCAAAUUCUCACGUUUGCUCUGGGAUCCUUGCUUCAUUUUGAGUUUCCUCCUGGAUGGGCUGCUGUGCUGUAUUUAAUUUAAACUCUGUGUUUCCUCAUUCCCUGCAAGAUUCCCUCUCCAAAUCCUCCAGGACGUCCAGCUGGACCUUAGGGUCCCCCCCAAACUCCCAAACUGCACCCUGGGACUCGGCAUUUUGGGGUACAUCACCCCAGGCUCCCCAGCCCGACCCUGGGGGCUGAGCCACGCUGGAUGUACCCAAAAUUAAUUUAAUAAAGCCUCAUGCUCCCCUCA